AUGAAGGGCCAAUAUGUGCGCGGAUUGGUAAAAUUCAUAACAGAUAUCCGAAACCUGAAAACGGAUGAGGAAAAAGAAGAAAGAAUUAAGGAAGAGGUGGCAAAGAUCAGAGUAAGCUUCUCUAGUCCAAGAUUGACCGAUUAUGACAAGAAAAAAAACCUUUUGAAGCUAUUAUAUGUCCAAAUGCUAGGAUAUGACAUACAUUUGGGAUAUCUGGAGUCGGUACAGUUAAUGGCCUCAACCAAACUAACAGAUAAAGCAACAGGAUACAUGGGAUGCGAGAUAUUGCUGAAAGAAUACGAAGAAGUUAUGAGACUAUGUGUAAAUACAACACUAGAGGACAUGAAUAACCCAUCGGAACACGUUUGUUCACUGGCACUAAUCUUUCUGGCAAACAACCAUUCACUAGAAAUCAACGAGAGACUUUCUAGCGAAAUUGUCAGAUUAACCAUGACCUACCCAUCAGAUAAUUAUUACUUGAGAAAGAAACUAUACAUGUGCCUGCUGAGAACAUUUAAACUUAACCCUCAACUAUAUAACAUUAACGAAUGGUUCAACAUGGUCUACCAGAUCUUAGAAUCUGAAAAUACAGUUUCAUGCCUACUGCCAAUCUGCAAUCUACUGGAUCCAAUUUUAAAACAAAAGCCCCAAAACUGGGAACUGUCAGUAGACCGUCUUGCAUCAUUUUUGUCCGAAUUAUCAAAGGAUGAAGUGCCAGUAGAACACUGCUACUUCACAAUACCAGCACCCUGGCUAACUGUUAAGAUUUUAAGCAUCUUCGCCUCAAUCGACCCUCUUCCAAAUUACUACUUCCUUCCCAUGUUGUCAAGUUCACUCAAGAUCCUGAUGGACAAGACAAGUAACCUCGUGUUGACGCGCCUAGCAAACAAACACAGCAACAGGACCAAGAAAUUAAUGAACCUAAGCAUAUACAUGACAAAAACAGGAAUUCUAAGAGAAACCAUAAGAGCAGUAGUGAAUUGGUUUCCAUACCUGAAUAACAUAUCACCACAGUUCGUUUGCAGCUGCAUACGCCACCUGUACACCUCUGUAAUGUCACAAAUCAGACUCGUCGCACUUGAAAUAAUAGAAGACGUGAUCAAGAUCCAGGAGACGUACGAAUUCAUUAAAAGUGACGCUGAAUAUAUCAUACACUUUUUAAACGACUCGGAUCCGACUAUCAAGAAAAGGUCAUGUUUGAUAUUAUGUGGACUAUGUGAUUCGACUAACUGGGAACUAAUAGUACCAGAGUUAAUCUCAACGCUGAGAUAUUCUGAAAUCUCAAUCCAAGAAUACAUGGUACCACUCAUUUGCAAAACAAUAGAUAAACACCUUCCCAAAAACACACUUUAUAUCGAUUUAAUUUUUAAAAUCAUCACACACGCACCCUUGGUGUCCAAUAUUUCAAUUUCAACACUGUUACUGACAACCUUGUAUAAGGAAAACUCCCUUAAAUUUCAGGAAAAGUUUGUAGAUAAGUGCUUGUAUUACCUACAAGACGAAACUGAGAUUACUGAAGGAUUAUUAAGGAUAUGUGCACAUGUGCUUGGUGAUUACGGCCACCUGUCAACUGAGGUUGGAAUGAAAGAUCAACUAAAACUCUUUGAGAAGUAUUUUGUAAUAGCCUCUCCAGAGUCCAAAUGCGUAAUUGUAACCACUUUAGGCAAGUUCGCCUCAAGAGAUAAUUCCCUAGCUGGUAAAGUUGGAGAGUUCUUGGAGACACAAGUUAACUCACCUGACGUUAAUCUACAGAUAAGAUCAUGUGAGCUACUUAAGAUGCUCAGGACCAAUUUGUCGCUGUUCAACAGAGUAAUGACAAUAAUCUCCGACAGAAAAACUUCGACCAGAUCUAAACAUUCUGAAAGGAGUUCAGCCAAAGAAAGUUUUAAAGAAUCAUCCAAAGACGUUUACAGAAACAGUCAUAGACCAACAGAUGGAUCCAGUGUUAGGGACUCAUUUGAUGGAAAUGUUCGAAGAGAUUCAAUGGAUAGAUCCAUCCAAAGGGUAUCUUCUGAAAAGACUAGUCGUAGAGAAUCGGUUAAAACCGAUAAUUUGGGUUCCUCGAGGGAUAGGGAGGUGAGGGGAACGUCACCUAGAGAAACCACUUCGGGGUUAUUCAGUAAUGAAAGUUGUUUGUUAUUAUCGAAUGAACAUUUUACUGUUGAACUGGAACAGGCUUAUAAAAAUCAGCAUUCAAAGGUUCUAGUUCGCUUAACGAAUGUUUCUAACGAGGAUCUAUAUGUCCACAAAUGUGCUCUAAAAUCACCACCCCAACUCCAGGGACAAGAACAUAAUCAACUUAGAGAUGUUAAACUAAAACCUGGACAAGUUGCAAACCAUAAGCUUUCUUUUGUUCUAAUGGACUAUGUACUUGAUUUUCCGAAUUAUUCUCUAGAUCUGGGACUCGAGUCGAAAGUCGAACCAAUCGCCUGCACCUUGAAUCUGCCUGUGUAUGUCCACAAGUUUAUGAAACCGCUGGAACUGGACCCUCCAUCCUUUACAAAAUUAUGGAAUACACUCGCACAAACGCAGCCAUUCAUGCUCAAAUUCAAGAACAAUAUCAGCGUUUUAGCAAACUCACUCACAUCGCUCAACUUCGACGUUGUUAAGACUGGAGAAAAUGUAUAUGUAUCUUCUUCUGGAGUUGUUUCAAUGGAAUCAAAUGAAUUUUUCUGCCUAGGAAUGUUUUCAAUGGACAGAGGAGGACUGGUAGCAAGUUACAGGGCCAGCACGCCACUCUUGGCACAAUGUAUCAUAAAUUUAACUAAAACUCUUCUAAAAGAGCUUUAA